AUGUCGUUUAUGACUACUAUUGAUAUAAAUGCUUCUUUUUCUGGUAACAGUGAUGAAAACACCUCAAGCACUAGAAAUCUCACAGUGAAAAACCUUUACUCUAUUGACAAGAUAGCAUAUUCAGUGACAUUGGCCACCAUUUCUUUAUUGUCUGCUGUGGGAAACUUCUUGGUGACAUACACUCUGUUGAAAAAAGAAGAGAGCUUGUCACCAAGCAACAGGUUUGUUUUAAGUUUAACAAGCUCCAACUUCCUAUUGGCUGUUCUCGUCCAGCCCUUCUUAGUCGUUGCAUCGAUUACACAAGAGUGGAUUUUUGGUGUCAUCUGGUGUCAUCUGACUGCAUUUGCCUUCCUGUUAGUGUCUACAGCAAGCAUCUUGACACUAGCAGCAAUCGCAAUAGACAGAUAUUAUGCCAUCGUGAAGACAAUGAGUUAUACUCAAACCAUCACACAGUUCAAGUCCAUGAUGAUCCUUGCGGGGGCCUGGCUUCAUGCUUUAUUAUGCAGUUCUCCAUCCUUACUUGGAUGGAUAGAGUUAUCCUUCAAUCCUAUAUCAGCCACGUGUGAACCUAGCUGGUGCGAACAUUCAGUUUAUACUCUCUACGUGGGAUUGAUGUGUUUCGUAUUCCCUUUCUUGAUAAUGCUAUUCUGUUAUGUAAAUAUAUUCUUGGUAGCACGGAGUAAGUACCGUAAGGUUGGCAUGGGAACGAUUAGUAGCAGUGUGUCUUCAGGAAACAGAAGAGAUAGCACUUUAAGGCCAGUUUCAAACACUGAAUUAGACAUGAGUCGUUAUACUGUGAGAAAACAGUACUGGUAUACACUAAACUAUAACUCACAAAUAAAGGGGAUUGCCAUAAUUUUUACGAUUAUUGGUACCUUUCUGUUUACCUGGACUCCUUACGUAGUAAACAUUUUAUGGAAGAUAACCAAUAGAAAUAUCGAAGUUCCAGAUUGGUUUUCCAGGCUUUCAUUCUGUAUGGCAUUCGUUUGCUCGAUAAGUUAUCCAGUAAUUUAUGGACUUCUGAAUAGAUCAAUAAGAAGUGAUAUGCGCAGUAUUUUGUGUACACAAAGACAUUUCCCUCAGAGUUCGUUGGAGUUUUUUCGGAGAGUUCAUUCAGAUAUGGGCCUUUCAGAACACCUUAGGCCAGUACAGAGCAGGGUACCACAACGGUCUAUAUCUUACGAUUGUGUUGACAUGUCAUCUCUCAACCGAAGUGCCAUCCAUGGCGCUCAUUGUAAUUCCAGUCAUGAUUCAGGGACUAUCAUCUCGUUAAUUGGUGAAAAUAACUCGGGAAUGACUCCUCCUUGUACUAUGUUACCAGCUGAGUUAGUUAUAUCUGGAAGUAAUCUGAAGACACCUUUUCAAAAAUAUCAUUAUUGUAGAAAAAGAUCUUGGACAGAGCUGACGUUUCAAAAAACUGACUUACACGAGAACAAAGUUAAAAUCCCAAAGUAGUUGUGUAACAUCUGAGGGUAACAUCAGUACACACUCAAAGAUUUGCACAAUAUAUCAGAAUAAUAGUUGUCAUGAUCGACCUCUUGCUACAGACAUUAAUGCUACUAGAAACAACUUAAAUCACUCAGACAUGGCAAGUAAAGGUCUUGGGGUAUAUGAAGAUGAAAUAGUUUCUGUUUCUUAUCAAUCGAGUGGGAAUACUGAUGAAGGAAUCAUACAAGAUUUUUCUGGAUGAUAGUGCCUUAUCUUUGACUU